GCGACGGGUCGGGCGACGGGCGGGAAGGAAGGAAGGAAGGAAGGAGGAGAAGCAGAGCCGCUUUCCGAAGACGCCGAGAGAGAGACUCUUUAUCUUUGAUCGUUUCGCCCGUGGAUUCACCCUGGGUUCGGAAUAACUUAGAACCGCCUUUUUUUUUUAGUUUUUUUUUCUUUUUAAUUUGCUUUUAUAUAUUUAAAAAAAACACACACCCCAACCCGAAAACAAUGGGACCCAGGCAAUCCAAGGGAGAGGCGGCCGUGGAGGCAAACGCUGCCUCCGCCGUCGUUCCCGAUGCUGCGGCCGUCAAAACCAACGGACAGGAGAAUGGCCACGUCAAGACCAACGGCGACGUCUCUGCCAAGCCGGACGGGGACACGGCCGCCGCCAACGACUCACCCGAGCCCGGCGCCGGAGGUGAUGCCAUCGAACCGGCACCCGCCGCCGACGGAGAGGCGGGCAAACCGGAGGCUGAGGCCGGCGCCAAGGAGACCCCCAAGAAGAAGAAGAAGAAAUUCUCCCUCAAGAAGGCCUUCACCUUCAAGCUCAACCUGAAAAAGCGCAAGAAGAGCUGCGAGGCUGUGAAGGAGGAGGCCGCCCCCGCCGACGCCUCCGCCGCCGACGCCGCCGCCGCCGACACCGAGGAGGAGAAGGAGGAGGAGGCUGCUCCUGCUCCUGCUGCGGCGGCUGAGGCACCGAAGGCAGAGGAGGCGCCUGCUAAAGAGGAGGCUCCUAAGGAGGAGGCCAAGGAGGCGGCUGCCCCGAACCCCGAGGCCACAAAACCGACAGAGGAGAGCAGCUCGACCCCCGCCCCCUCUGAAAAGAAAGAGUGAUCGUAUGCCGAGCUUGCGAUGAACUGUGUGAACUGUUUUUCAAGAGAGAGAGAGAGAGAGAGAGAAAAAUUAAAGAGUAUAUAUAUAUAUAUAUAUUUAUAUAUAUGUGUAUAUGUAUACAUAUGUAUGGAUAUAUGUAUAUGUAAAUAUAUACACAUGUAUGUGAGAGACUCCUUCGACAUGCCACUUUUCGUCAUGGUAUCAAGAUGACAGACUAGAUUCACUAGAUCACCUCCCUGGUUACUGCUCGACAUCUGGACCUUGACUUUGAGUGUUUGGCUGUGGGUUUGGUCACAUCGUGGGAGGGGGAGGGAAAAAAACCCCUGGAUUUUACCGGAUGGAGCUUAACGCCACGGUGACGGACGGAUGAGGACGGAGUCAAAGCAUCUUUCCCCCCUAAACAUCCGCCGCAGGAAGAUGCCUCCUCCUGAAGGAACAACGCUAGAUAGAACUAGGACACCACCACCACCACCACUUGAAAUGACUGUUAAAUAGAGAAGAAAAUCAGAAAUCAAGAGACUCGCCAACUUUUUACAUUCCUAUAUUUUAACCCAAAUUUGAAGUAUUUUGUGGUGUAUUAUAGAGAACCAUCUUAAAGAGUCAAAGAAGCUAUGUCUUGUUUGUUUAAAGAAGAGAGAGAGAGACGGAGAGGAAAAAAAAUAGGCAAUUUUGCUUUUUACGUUACAUGAGAAAAAAAAAAGAAAAAAAGAG